AAAUUAGAAAUCGACGUAUCAAGUCAAGGCUAAUUUUCCUUCACUUAGUUUGUUACAAGUAAAUCAUCCUGAAAGCUCAUAGUCAUAGUCAUAGUCAUAGCCUAUGUACUAUGCAUUAUGUACUAUGUACAUUAAAACUCCAUACGGAUAAAAUAAGUUAGCUCGUAUCGCGUGUCUCCGGCAGUUUACAUACGUGCCUUUACAGUCACCACCACCCUCCCCAUCGUUUUCAUUUCUCCCUAGCCGAUUUAAAGCCGUCUAACCCAGACCGAUUCCAACUCAGCCAACACGAACAGCUUGUAUAUUCGUGACUAUGCCGAUUCGUUUGUUUUUAUCGGUACAAUAAAAAUCGAGACCCAAUAAUCAUUCAGGUCAAAUUUAACUUGUUUUUUUUUUCUAUUCCAUUCAACUGUACCCAAUUCCUAUUUAGUAUUAUUUUUAUUUCAGCUGGUUCUCACAAGCAAUAAAUUUAAUUAUUCAUAAAACAUUAGUGUAGAGGGUAAUCACGGCAGUAAACUAAAUGUAUGAGUGGCACUAUCUACACAUAUGACGAAGGUGCCCUGCGUGCAUUCCGUGAUUAGUUUUCCCAUCACACGUCGUCCUGAGCAACCAUCUUGUUUACAAUAUUUUUAUAUAUAGCAGAGCUUUAAUUAGUUUCAUCAAUAAUUAAAGUUGGAGUAAUGAGUAAAAAUAAUCACGCACACUCGAAUCGACACCUUUAUUUAUAUAUUAUGAUUACGAGAUAACAUAUACAUAUAUAUGUAAUUUUCGGAGCUAAUAGUUUGGUAUACAACAGGUAAAUGCCGACCAGGUGAAAUCAGAGGUCAAGAAAAUAUUUUUGUUCGAUAUUAGGCGAUUGUUGAGUGAGUGAGUAAUUAUGGAGCCGAGGCCUGAUGACCAAGCAGGCAGAGGUGUAUCGCAGCAACUUAACCAAAAUCAACAGAGACCAGCUCCACUAUCGCCAAGGUACCCAAUAAACGAAACUGGUCGUUUAAGCGGGCAACCUCCGCCAAAUCUUCACAGACUCGACAGUCGUACUUCCCUAUCACCAAGCGGUUCUCCACAGUUUCCACCACCGCGUCCACAAUUUCCUCAGCGGCUUCAAAGCCCAGGAACUCCUCCCGGUAACUUUCCACGUCCUCCACAAGGUCUUCAAAGUCCAGGACGAUUUCCUCAUCCGGGAUCUCCAGGAAUCCGUUCUCCAUUUCCAAAUCAACGAUUGCCUUUCAAUCCUCAGAAUCAAAUAAGACCUAGGCCUCCUCUGGAAGCCACCAACUCACAAUUACGUUUUCCUCCACGAAUAGUUACCAACAAUGAAAGCUUAAGGACACCGCGAGAUCUACGACUAGACAAAAUGGAAGAUGAUAAAAAUAAGAGACCAGUUUCACGUGACGGGGACGAAGAAGAUGAUGACGAUGAUGUUGUCAUGGAUGAAAAAGAAGUGAUAAGUUCUACAACGAACAAUGAACCUGAACAGAUUCAAAUGUCUUCAAAGGCUGAAAGUCUUAGUCCUAGUCCAAAACCAAUGACUCCCGUACCAACUCCAAGUCCAAAAGCUGCUACUCCAUCACCAAUCCCUAGUCCAAAAGUUGCAACACCAGUACCAAGUCCUAGUCCAAAAGCUAUAACACCAGAACCAUCUUUCAGUCUAAAAGCUGAAACACCAGUACCAAUUCCUAGUCCAAAAGUUGCAACACCAGUACCAAGUCCUAGUCCAAAAGCUGCAACACCAGAACCAUCUUUCAGUCCAAAAGCUGAGACACCAGUACCAAUUCCUAGUCCAAAAGUUGCAACACCAGUACCAAGUCCUAGUCCAAAAGUUGCAACACCAAUGCAGAGUCCUAGUCCGAAAGUUGCAACACCAGUACCAAGUCCUAGUCCAAAAGCUGUAACACCAGAACCAGUCCUCAGUUCAAAAGCAGCUACACCGGUACCAACUCCUAGUCCAAAAGCAGUUACACCGGUACCAACUAGUCCAAAAGCAGCUACACCGAUACCAAGUCCUAGUCCAAAAGUGGCUACACCGGUACCAAGUCCUAGUCCAAAGACUGCUGCUUCAAUAGAAGAUUUAAAAAAUGAUCAAGAAGAUCAAUCAAGAUCAUCAAGUUCUAGAUCAGUUAAAUCUCCUACCAAAUCAGUAAAUUUACUAGAACCGGGAUCUAGAUCAAUGACGCCUAGUCCUGACAUCAAGGGAUUCGAUAACGGGAAACCUAGAUCACUGACUCCCAAAUCACCAUCUCCGACCCCAGCUCCUGAAUCUCCAUCACCAAAAGCGAUAUCUCCAUUGCCUAAAACUUCACCUCUUCCAUCACCAACUCUAGCUCCCCCUUCCAAGUCUGGGUCUCCAGCGCCAGUGACUCCUGUUCCCUCAUCUCCAAUCGCAACACCUUCAAUCCCAGCAACUCCAGGGACUGCAUCCCCUAAGCCUCCAAUUUCACCCAAAACUCCCGGGACUCCCAAAGAGGACAAAAAGAAAACUACUUUCGCUGAUGACACAAUCCAGGAGUCUGCAAGUGACCAAGUAAAAUUUACGAGAAUUGGGACUCCUGCGGUAAUUGAUAAGCCCGAACCGCCGCAGUGUCCACUUGACACCCCCAAAUCUAUGAAACGGUCAACUUCUGGGCGAUCUAUUAAAUCAGAAGCCAAUGAAAAUGGAACAAGUAAAGCUACAGGAAAUGAACAGCCAACGACAAACGGCGUAGCUGUUUCGCCAACAAAAAAACCGUCAAAACCUAAAACAGUCGGAUCACCCAUCAAAUCUCCAAGCAAAUCUAUUAAAUCAUUACCAAGAACUCCAGAGGCUGGUCCUCCGUCAACUGAUAAAAAAAAAUUGCCGAUGAACAAAGUUCAAGUAGGCGCAGCCCCGUCACCAAAUCUUAAAACAGUUCGUUCAAAAAUAGGAUCCCUGGAGAACGCGAGUUACAAACCAGGAGGUGGUAAAAUAAAAAUUGAAAACAGAAAACUUGAUUUUAGUAACGCCCAACCAAAAAUCGCUGCUAAAAACGACAAAUACACACCCAGUGGCGGCGACAAAAAGAUAACUCAAGUAAAACUACAAUGGAAUGCUAAACCCAAAGUCGGAUCUCUUGAUAACGCGACUUACAAACCCGGCGGCGGUGAUAAAAAAAUAGAAACUAUUAAACUCGAUUUUAAAGACAAGGCUAAACCUAAAGUUGGAUCUAAAGAUAAUGCUAAGCACACACCCGGCGGAGGAACUGUAAAGAGUCCCGUGCCAUCAAUCAGCGAUGGGAAAAAUGGGCUACCCACCUCGGACGAGAAUCUCAACCAGGAAUACUAGAGCUUUUAUUUAGACCACUUGCGACACUUUUCAUUCACGCAUUAAUAAUUUACUUAAUUACAUAAAUAUAUAAACUCAUCAUCAAAUCAAAACAAGACGUUAAGCGACUAAAUUUAUACAAAAAAAAUAAAUAAACAAAUUAAAAAUAAUUAACAUCAUUCAGACGAACCUGCCGCGCUAUUACGCGCUUAUUUUACAAAAUCAUUGCCAUCAAGUCAUCUAACGCACUAAUUGCCGAGGAAAAUAUUUCGAUAUAAUAAUAAUUAUUGCUUGUUAAUUUUUUUUAGAUAAAAAAAAAUCAAUUAAAAAAAUAUAUAUAUAAAUAAAUAUACUGUUAUAAAAAUAUUUGAAUGAAAUUUUUGUCAUGUAUAUAGGAAUUUAUAAUUUGUCGUCACAUCUAAACACUAUGUAAUAAUUGUAAUAAAUAUAUACACAGUUAGAUAUCACUUGUAUCGCUUGAUAAUAAAAUAAUAAUGAUAAUUUUAAUAAUAAUAAUAA